UUUCCGCCAUUACUCGUAAAAGAACGGAUAUCUUCGUCAUUGUCCAGAAAACCUGGGAUUACACGAAUCAUGAAGCUGAAACCAUAUGACUGAGGCUGGGAAACAACCUGAUCUUCUGUAAAGUAACAGAUAUAAGCCAAAAUAUGACUCAUAAAAUCAAAUUUAUUGAGAAUGCAUCAGUCAAUAUUUCCGUAAUUUUUCCGUAAUGUCAGAAGUCGACAUUUCCGAAGAGCUUCCGAAUGGAGACGACUCGGCCUUUACGGACGAUCAUCAACAAACUAACGCCGGUGGCGAUGCCAACAACACGGUAAAUGCCGAGGGUCACCAGGCGAUUCCCUCUCAGCUGUACGUGACCACAACACAGGGCCUUGUUCCAGCAGAACAAAUUCAAGAGGAAAUAAAAACCACGCACAUUGUGAUCCAUGAUCAAACCUUUGACUCGGGGCUUAAAACCCCCACCACUCCACUCCCCCCUCCUACCCCAGCCACCCCACUCAGUAGAGAGAAAGGGUUCAAAUACACGUGGGACGAAUCUGUUCAAGGCAAUAUUCUUCCAGUGAGAUGCAAGAAUUCUAACGGGGAACUGUACAAAAAUAAGUUUGGAUCAGGUGGACGAGGAAGGUGCAUAAAAAGUGAUGGCGAAUGGUUUACACCCAACGAGUUUGAGGCCCGGAGCGGACGGGCAAGCAGCAAGGACUGGAAGAGGAGCAUACGCUAUGGUGGGCGGACCCUACAGUGUCUGAUAGAGGAUGGUGUGCUACAGCCACACGCUACGUCCUGCACCUGUGCUGCUUGCUGUGAUGAUGAAACAGUUACUGGUCCAGUGCGACUGUUCGUUCCUUACAAAAGACGCAAGAAGGACAGCGAGAGUUGUCCCCCUUCCCCUCCAUUGUCAUCUCCUCUCCCAAUCAAAAAACAGAGAAUUAACUCGGUGAAAUCGCCUGCCCCUCCCCCUUCUCAGCAGCAAAUCUCAAAUGUCACUUCACCUGUUUCCUUAGCAACCAUCGUACCAGCCAAUAGCAUCAGCAAGGAUACGGGAGCUGUGAUGGUUUCAAUUGGUGGACAGACACACACUGCCCAGCCAAUCAAAGUGACCACGUCAGAGGGCGAGACCAUGCAGAUGCAGAUCCUGACCACAGCUGACAAUCUGGGAACGUUUCUCACAACAGGAGAUGCUGUUGUUAUGGCACCUAUUUCUGAUGUGAAAUCUUCCAAUGGCGGUCUUACAAAUGCAGCCAUCUUGUCCGUACCAGACAUGUCAGAGCAGAGACAAUGGUGGCAACUAGAGGAGUUGGCCAACAACAUGUUACUACAGGCCCAGCAGCUCAAGUCCAUGAUAGAGCAGGCCAAACAACAGACUCAACUGUUCAGGGACGCCGCAGUCCAGCAGGUCAAAGCCCAGAUGGAGAAAGAGAAACAAGAGGCAAUAAAUGCCCUCAAAAUGGAGCACCAAGUUAAGAUGUCACAUGCAUUGAUGGCGGAGCGGGCCCAGCGACAGAUUGCAGUUCAGCAGGCUGUUGCCAACGCAAGGUCAGGGGUUAAGGACACUAUGGAUGUCACGAUUGUUCUUACCAACGUCACUUGUUCCAAUGCGACAACAACAGAUGUAUCUAUCGGAAUCUCACAUGCAACGGAAGAAACGAUUGCUUUGAUUGGUUCUGGGUUUGAAUGCACAAACAAAAAAUGCAUAGAUUUUAAGAAAACUUGUGAUGGCAACAAUGAUUGCGGGGAUUUCUCGGACGAAGUUGAUCAGCGAUGUCUUGCUGAUUGCCCCUACUACUUGAUCACGUGUAGAAACGGACAUUGUAUCCGCUAUGGCGAUAGGUGUGACGGCGAAAAUGACUGCGGGGAUCACUCUGACGAAAGAAAGUGUAGCAAAUGCAAAGAAAAUCAGUUUAAUUGUGAACACAGCAGGGAAUGUAUUCCGUUGUCAUGGAAAUGUAAUGGUGUUGUUGAUUGUGAACAAGGAGAAGACGAAAAAGAUAUCACAUGCAAAUGUAUGAAUCCCAAUGAGUUCCGGUGUAAAAGUCGAGGUUGCGUUGCCAUGGAUACACUAUGUGAUGGGUUCUCAGACUGCGAUGACUCCUCAGAUGAAGAACUUUGUGAUUCCUCUGUAAAAGUAAUUCCUGGCAAAUAUGGUCCGCGACACUACGACUGUCAUUGUGAGGGACAUUGCCAUCCGGGUACUGGGGCGUGUCAGGGGGCGUGUCGGCAAGGAUGGGCGGGGCCAACCUGUCAGAUCAACACUAAAGCAAUUUCAUUCCAAACGCCCAUUCAAAACAGUGGUCAUAAGGUCAUCCAAUCAGCGUUAAGUAUUGACGGCGACGUCAGAACCUGUCCGCCGCCCGCUGUAGGAUCCUUUAAUGCGUAUUGGGAAGCUAACCUUACUAAGCCCUCUGAAAUUCAAAGAAUCAGAAUAUAUAAUCUAAAAGAUGUGACGUAUUUAGCGGGUCUGGCUUUGCAUUUGGUUGUUCCUAGGUGCGUCAUCAAUAAUACUAACCUAUUGACCAAUGGCUACCUGGAUAUCACGUGUCCAGACAACGUCACAAUGCACCGUCUGUUGCUCAUCCUGAUAGCAGACGACAACAAAAUGGCCAUCAUGCAGAUAUGUGAGAUUCAGGUCAUUGUGUGCUCCAACUACUCAUUCGGUGACCAGUGUGAGAAAACGUGCAAUUGUGAUGGAAAUGAAGGAUGUGAUGACGUCACGGGAACAUGCGCACAGAGUUGUUUAUCGGGUUGGAAAGGUCCACACUGCGACAAAAAUUCACAUAAUAGAGCUCUUCGAAGGAGGAAGAAUCCGUCCCACGAUAACAGUGCCGGGUUGUCCCUCCCUACGUGGAUCUCCAUUGGUGUGGUGGCAGGGGUAUUAACUCUUGUAACCAUUUCCUUCGCAAUACGGGCACACAGAAAUCGGUCGCGUAGGAAUACCCCUGAUACCACUUCCACUUUCAACAAUAACAGAGAAAAUGGCGGAAGUUCACCCGGAAGUGUGACCAGCAGCUCGUGUCAAGGAUACGAGUCAGUUUCAUCACCUUACAACGAAGCUUACAAAAUACUUGGGGGAACCCCAAUAUCAUUCCCAGCAAUCCGGAGUCCUGACAGGAAAGACGUCACUGAUGACAGAUGCUCUUCAGUCUAUUUAUAGUGGAGGAAUUGGUUACUAGAAAAGGAGGCUGAUACCAAAACUGUUCAUAUGUUCAUGUAGCGUGUACCAACACUAAUCACAUCAAGUAGUGGUGUUACUCUGACGACAGUGUAAUUGUGUCCGUUGCCAUGACUACUCUCACUAAGCUGAACGUAAUAUAUGAUCGAAGGAUUUGUGUGUGUUGCCAUGACAAGAUGACGUACUAUGACUUCUACCACUAUGCUGAAUGUAAAAUGUUUGUUUGUGUUGCUGUGACUACCAUAACUGCUGUACUUUAAAAAAUUGCAUUAUAUGCCAUCACAAUAG